UGUCAUGUUUCAGCCUAUCACAUAUCUUGUCCUACAAAAAUAUAUACUGCUUAGCUUUCCAUCUAGCAUAGAGGAUCUUCACAAUCUCUCUCAUAUACUGCAGGAGUAUAAGAAAGACCAUGCUCAUUAUAUAAUGUUAUUGUUCUGUUCAGCAUACAUUUACAAGCAAACAUUUGCCAUUCCAGGCUCUGUAUUCAUGAAUAUUCUUGGAGGUUCUUUAUUUGGAUUAUGGGUAGCAUUUCCAUUGUGCUGUCUUUUAACUGCUAUAGGAGCCACUUUCUGUUAUCUGUUGUCCCUCAGCUUUGGUCGUACUGUUAUCAUGCAAUACUUUUCAGACAAGAUUCUAGCAAUGGAGAAGAAAGUCCAGGAGAACCUACAAAGCCUGUUUUUCUUCCUAUUAUUUUUGAGGCUUUUUCCGAUGUCACCAAACUGGUUUCUAAAUGUUAGCUCGCCUAUCGUUGGAGUUCCAAUUAGCUACUUCUUUUCCUCAGUAUUCAUAGGUUUGAUGCCAUAUAAUUUCAUGUGUGUCCAGACUGGAUGCAUUAUCUCAGAAAUCAAGACCAUAAGUGAUGUCUUCACUUCAUCUAUUCUAAUUAAGUUUGCCGCCAUCGCAACUGUUGCUCUUAUACCAGCAUUAGUAUCAUUUUACAUGAAAAAAAAUGAGAAAAAGAAACUAUAAUAUUUUGUGUAAUAUUUGAAUAGAAUAAAUAGUGUAUACUUCAUCCAUAUGUGAUGUCUUUAUGCCUUGCAUUGGCUGCCAUCGAAACUGUUUUAUACCAGCAUCUUUUUUGUCUUACCUGAUAUAUAAAUGGAAAAAAAGGAAGCAAUAAUACUAUUUUAUCAAAAUGGUGUGUACUGCCCAAUUUUAAAUUGCCAUUUAAUAGUAGCAUGCUCAUUGUAUUAAAAGAAAUACAAUGCUACUGAUACUGUAUAAUAUGAGCCUUUCCUGCACAGCUCAGUCAAUUAGUAUAAUUAAGCCACUUUCUUUGCGCUAAACUGUGGAGAUCCUUCGGUACAUCUGCCGUUCUCCUUGUGUUUCAGCUUGAGGGCUGAAAUGCAACUACUGUAUAAAAAAAAGUGCCUUUCGGAAGAGAUUUUGGUAGACCAAAAGGCUUCAAGAUUGACUGCUGGUCAUGGUUCCGUGUGCAGUAUGGCACAUGUGUAUGUUAAAGAAUGCAUUGUAGGGGAUUGUCUCCCAGUCUGCUGCCUAAUUACCACCAGAAGGACCCCACUGGAAAUAUGGAUCCGUUUCUACUGAAGAGACGGUUCUUUGCAAACAGGGCCCACAAAAAAGAACCGUUCUUUUUGGUGUUCCAAAAAACAGUUCUUUGGCACAGAAAUCAAUACCGUACUGGGAAGCCAAAGAAUAAAUAGCGGCCUAAUUUGACCUUGAUGUGAGGUAAAAAUUGCCCCGGUAAAAAUGAUCCCAUGCUCUAAAAUAGCAAAAAAUUAUUUUUCAAAACUAUACUAAGUAAUUAAAACUGGCAAUUAAGAAUUAAAAUGGCUGUAAUUAUGAGGGGUAAGGUAAAUAUGAUAGGGUUAAAUUUUUUCAGUCAACUUAGACAGUAGGCUAGGACUAUAAUUAGUACUACUAGAAUUGUUGAAAAGGACGUUGUAAAAUACUUGUCAUUAAUAAUUUAUGGCCUUCUACACUAUUUUACCUCUGGAUAUAUUCUUAAGCUCUUCUUUAAUAAUGUUCCACCAUGCCAGUACCGGAAUCCGUAAAACAAAUUUUAAACUUCUGUUCACAACACAACAAAAUACUGUAAGAACGAAAGUUUAACCAUUGUUGUAUUUGAAUACCAACAUGAUUUAGUAUUCUUGGGCUUUCAUCAAGUCCAAGAAAAUGCUUGCAAUAGGUUUAAUAGGACAUGCCAGCUUUUAAGACCUAUUUAAAAAUAGGCCUUCAUUGGAGGUUCAUGAUUUUAAAAUCAUUAUCCUUUGUUGGUGGAAGCAGGGAAGUGUGAAAUUUCACACCAAAUUCAUUUUCUUGUCAAUGUUUAUGCCUUGUGUUCAGGCUGAUUUUUUUUUGUUUUUUUUUGUUUUUUGUUUUUUUUGUUUUAUAGUAAAACCUCUCAAUUCUACUUUUCGUCACAUAACAUAACGCAGCAGUAGCAGUAUGAUGCUUUUUUGCCGUUUGUCACCAUUGCACUGCGACUUUUGCAGUAAUCUCCGCCAUUUUUGGGAGUGGAUAGAAAGUUGCAGACCCUGUGGGCAAUCCCUGUGCCAGGUACAUGUGGUAAGACACUCCACUUCCAAUUAGCAAUUAAAACUAACCAUUUCCAGCUCAUUGUCUUUGGGGGUCAUUGAAGUACAGUCAAACCUUUCCUGUGGGACAAGCUAUUAUAAAGAGGACACUCGUGGAACAAUGGGAAUUAUAUCAAACACUACAGCCAGGUCUAGGAUAUAAUAUCUGGGGGGGGGGAGCUAAGCUGCGGACAGGUUAACUUGAGCUCGUAGGCCCGAGCUGGGAGAUAGGUUUGAGAGGGGUCCCCUCCCAAAUGAGAUUUUGUAAGGAUAGGAACCUCUGGAUGGUUUGUAAAUGGCACUUUUAGACUGUGACAGACAUGUGUUGGCUUGGUGUGGGCCUGUUUUUAUAUUUUUUAUAGUCAGACUGCCCGACAAGCUCUGUCCGAUAGAGAGGGGGGGGCCUUAAUCCCCCGUCCCCACUGGCACAUUUUCAUUUAAAUCUAUAUUUUGAAAUAUUUUGGGUUAUAAACUUAACAUUUAAACAGAUUUUUAUCUGAUGUAUAAAUAUCAGUAUAUUGUAAAUUCUUCAUAAUUUAUAUUUGGCCUAGUUAUUUUUCCAGUAUAAAUUUGAUGGCAUUCUUUGUAUGAACAAAACAUUUUAGUUUUGGCUCUUAGCUGGGGAUUGAUUUUUCUGUGAAAAAUAUAAUAAUUUGCAAUAAUGCAGUACUCUGAUAUUAUGGGAUUUCUCAAUUUAUGUUAUUGGGUUGAUCGAAUACUGUAUGGCAUUAAUAGCAUUUGAAUCACGAAGAAAACUUGAACAAGAUCUGUUGUGUUGGUUUAUGAUAAUUUAAGAUUACUUUAAUUAUAUUGCAUAUAAAAUAAAAUUAUGUGCAAAAA